AUGGCCUCCACCUCGAGACCAUUGCUCGCCGCCUCGAGCCGGUGUCGUACCUCGUUGCGGACGAACCCGAGCUCGAUCCUCAGAGGAGCUGCUGUUGCCCACAGGCGCACGUCGCUGCUGUCCCGAGCGAUCGCGUGCUCGUGUGCAUCCACUUCCAGCACUUGGCAGUCAACAUCACCGCUGCUUCGGCGGAAUGCAUCCUCCAACGCAGCCACCCCCUCAGCACUGCCCCGCGUUGCAUCGCUGCUUUCCACGGUCAGUCCCAGUCCCAGUUCUCGCACGCAUCGUCGUCCUCGUCGUCGGCGAGAAUCGGAGCUCGCAUCGUGCUGACUGGUACCUUGAGGUAAUGAUGUCCAGCAGCAACACGCCACAUCAACGAUAGCCCCUUCUCCGUGGGCCGCGCUCAAAGACCGCAUCACAUCCUCACGUCGGCCACUCACCACCGCCACAUACGAUCCGUCCACUUCCACUUCCUCCGCCUCGACCGUGGCCAAUCCGUCUACGACACGCACCGCACCCGAUCCACCCGAGGUCGCGCUCACGACACCCAUCGUUGCAAAGUACCUCUUCCUCAUCGCUGCCAUGGUCUUUUGCAUCGUCGUCGUCGGUGGCAUGACCCGUUUGACCGAGUCGGGCCUUUCCAUCACCGAAUGGAACGUCGUCAGUGGCAUCCUGCCGCCCUUGGGUGCCACCGAUUGGCAAUCCGAGUUUGCAAAGUACCGCGCUACACCCGAAUUCAGGAUGUGAGUCGACCUCAUCAGAGAUGCGGACCUCGGAGAUGCGGACCUUUCGGGGAAAGAAAACUCCUGAUCAGGUGGAUGUUUCCUCACUCAGGCAAAACGCACACAUCACCAUCGACGAGUUCAAGAGCAUCUACUACUGGGAAUGGGCACAUCGCAUCCUUGGUCGCGUUAUUGGCCUGACCUUCGUCCUCCCCAUCCCCUACUUUUACCUGCGACGCAAGGUCUCGCCCCGCAUCGCUCUGUCCCUGCUCGGUAUCGGCACCCUCAUCGGCGCUCAGGGCGCUCUGGGGUGGUACAUGGUUAAAUCCGGACUCGACGAAAAAAGCGUACAGGACCUCGGCGGUGUCGCCCGCGUUAGUCAAUACCGACUUGCCGCUCAUCUCGGCAUGGCCUUUGCCGUCUACGCGAGCUGCGUUAGGCUCGCCUGGGGGAUUGGCAGGGAUUGGAAGCUCGCCAGUCUGGGCAAAGGUCUCGGCGGAUGGGCGACGCCCGAGCAGACGAUCCAAGGCCUGCAGAGCAAGACCGUCGGUCGAGUACGAGCGAUGGUCACCGUCGUUUCGGCGCUCGUUUUCGUCACCGCGCUUUCGGGCGCUUUCGUCGCCGGUUUGGACGCCGGUCUUGUUUACAACGAGUUCCCCCUAAUGGGUGGUCGAUUGGUACCUGCUACGAGUGAAUUGAUUGAUGAUCACUAUGCGCGCAAGUCGGACAAGUCGGACAAGUGGCGCAACAUGUUUGAGAACCCGACGACGGUCCAGUUCGAUCAUCGUCUUUUGGUACGUCUUCAUCUCGUAGUGAGCCGAGACAGUGUUAUGUGUGGUUCUGAUGCACUCGUUUCAAUAAUGACAGGCCACAACGACGUUCACCGCGAUCGUUUCGCUCUUCCUCUAUGCCCGACGCCCCUCGAUCCGAGCGCACCUCCCACCCACCACCCUCCGUCUGAUCAAGGGGACGAUGCACAUGUCCAUACUCCAAGUCGCUUUGGGCAUUUCAACCCUCAUCUACCUCGUCCCAAUCCAUCUCGCCGCGACGCACCAAGCGGGUAGCCUGAUCUUGCUCACUCUGGCGUUGGGAAGUGGGGCCAGUUUGAGGAGACCUUCGAAGGUCGCGAGGGAGUUGGUGAAGGUCAAGAAGAUGGGGCAGUUUACGAGGGCCUGA